AUGGGAACUCAAGCAACAGGAACUCAAGCAGCAGAAGCUCAAGUAACGGGAAUUCAAGCAAUGGGAACUCAAUCAAUAGGGACUCAAGCAACAGAAACUCGAGCAAUGGGAACUCAAGCAACAGACACUCAAGCAACAGAAACUCAGGCAAUGUUAACUCAAGCAAUGUUAACUAAAGCAAUGGGAACUCGAGCAACAGAAACUCAAGCAACAGAGGCUCAAGUAACGGGAAUUCAAGCAAUGGGAACUCAAUCAACAGGGACUCAAGCAACAGAAACUCGAGCAAUGGGAACUCAAGCAACAGGAACUCAAGCAGCAGAAGCUCAAGUAACGGGAAUUCAAGCAAUGGGAACUCAAUCAACAGGGACCCAAGCAACAGAAACUCGAGCAAUGGGAACUCAAGCAACAGGAACUCAAGCAGCAGAAGCUCAAGUAACGGGAAUUCAAGCAUUGGGAACUCAAUCAACAGGGACUCAAGCAACAGAAACUCGAGCAAUGGGAACUCAAGCAACAGGAACUCAAGCAGCAGAAGCACAAGUAACGGGAAUUCAAGCAAUGGGAACUCAAUCAACAGGGACUCAAGCAACAGAAACUCGAGCAAUGGGAACUCAAGCAACAGAAACUCAAGCAGCAGAAGCUCAAGUAACGGGAAUUCAAGCAAUGGGAACUCAAUCAACAGGGACUCAAGCAACAAAAACUCGAGCAAUGGGAACUCAAGCAACAGAAACUCAAGCAACAGAAGCUCAAGUAACGGGAAUUCAAGCAAUGGAAACUCAAUCAACAGGGACUCAAGCAACAGAAACUCGAUCAAUGGGAACUCAAGCAACAGACACUCAAGUAACAGAAACUCAGGCAAUGUUAAAUCGAGCAAUGUUAACUCAAGCAUUGGGAACUCGAGCAACAGAAACUCAAGCAACAGAGGUUCAAGUAACAGGAGUUCAAGCAAUGGAAACUCAAUCAACAGGGACUCAAGCAACAGAAACUCGAGCAACGGGAACUCAAGCAACAGACACUCAAACAACAGAAACUCAGGCAAUGUUAUCUUAA